AUGCCCUCUGAAGAGGAGCGGCAGCGGCUGCUCAACUCAAACAGCUACCUGGCAACCCAGUACGAGCGAUUAGUCAGGAGCCAGACCAUCAGCGAGGCGGAGUUUUGGAGGUCACCGGCGGUCCGCAAGACCGCGCAGCUGCCGUGCCAUGCAGACCCGCCCCAAAAGCUGGGCAUCCCCAACCAGGCGGUGUUUGUGCAGGCCUCGGCCCACGGCGGCCUGAAUCGGCUGACGUUCAGCAUCACGCGGGACGAGAUGGCGCAGAUAUUGGAGGAGAAGCCGCACAUCAAGAGGGCAUACCUGGCGCAGGUCGGCCCCAACAUGACCGAGAAGGAGUUUUGGGAGCGCUACUUUCGGUACGAAAUGGCCAAAAAGAAAAAGCGCCACAAGAAGCUAGUGGAGGUCGAGCGGCGGCAGCAGCCGGUCGCUGGCGGCGAAGCGGGCGGCGGCGGCGGCGGCGAGGGCGGGCCGGGGCCGAUGGAUCUGGAUGACGACCGCGCCAUCGAAGAGGAGGCGGCGAUGUUCAGGGACGACGACGAGGGCUCGCAGCAGCGGGCCGCGCCCCGCACGGCAAACCCUGCGCUGGACCUGGGAGCAGACCAGGGCGACGCCCUUGGGGGCGGCUACGGCCUCCUCCACAACACCGCGCGGGACGAGGCGGGCAGCGUCCAGGGCUUCAAGUCCUUGUCACGUGACAUCGUUGCUGAUGUCAACACGCACUCCAGCCACGUCAUCGCAGCGCAGGCCCGCACGCAGCAGCAGCGGCAGGGGCAUGGGCAGGGGCCCGGGCAGCAGGGGCAGCAGCAGCAGCAGCAGCAGCAGCCGGGCCAGCGGCCGCAGCAGCGAGCGGCGUCGGGCGGCGGCGCGGGGCCGUCGGGGCGGGCGGCGGGUGAGGGCGGCGGGGAUGCGGGCGGCGUCCGAGGGGCGGGGGCGUCGGAGGCGGAGCCGUCAGAUGCAGACAUGGCGGCGAUGGGCCAGGCUUGA